AUGUCGUCGUUCCACCCGCUAAACCUAGUUGAAGACGACAAAAAGGAGGCUGACGCCGAGCACUCCCGCGAGCUCCAGACGGAGCAGGCGAUCCAGCUCUACCAGCAGGCGCUCGACCUACACCACCGGGGCGACCUCCAGAAGGCGUACGACACCUAUGCGGCAGCGUUUCGGAUCGAGAUCGUGCUGAACCAUUAUUUUGAGGAGGAGUCUUUGGUGAGAGGGCUCCAGAACGGCGGUGACAAUACUGCGAAUGACGACCUCCAAUUCCUCCUGCAAAACGUCCGACGGCUUCGCCACCUUUUAUUCCGUAAUCGGGGGAUGUUAUUCCUCGAUAUCCUUCGUCAUUUCGUUGAUCAGCGGGCGCCUGAGCUUCCCAAUGAGGCGGAUAUGCCUAAGCGCCCCCACCGAGGCGGGAAGGGUAAACUGCGAGGAGACUCUGGCGACCGCCUGGUAAAGGAGGAAGGUAAGGAAUCUUCAGUGGUACUGGUCGCUUCUAAUGAUGAUGACAAGGACACUAAUGAUAAUGUUGUGGACGUGAAAGAGGAGGUACAAAAGGACAAAGACACUGAAGCCAAUGGUGCGACUAAUGGCACCACUAAUGAUGCCAACGAUACUCGAGAGGCUGAGGUGAAACAAGAGGAUACCAAUGGCCACGUUGCUAAUAAGGAUGAUCUGAUGGACGUUGAUAAGGACGACGACGUUGUUGAAGUUAAGCCUGACCCUGAAGUUAAAACUGAAGCUAGUGGUGAUGCCAACGACGUCAAGGCUGACGACGUUGAGGCUGAAUCGGUCAAGCCGGACUCGGUCGUUGAACCAAUGGAAGUUGACUCUAGCGAUGACUAUGUCACUGCCGACGAACAAGAGUCGCCUCCGCCUCAAGAUCUCGAAAUCUAUAAUGCCAUCACUAAGGGUGAUUACGGUAUUAUCCCUCAACUCUGCGAGUCGCCACUGAAAGAGGAAACCGCCGAGAAGUUCCGCCAGAUGUUCUAUACUGUCAUUGACGACUUUUGCAUUGCGUUAGUGUACGAUGAAGGUGACGAAGACCUCUUGUACACGAUGUACGAACUCUACGCCUAUCUUCGCGAAUGGAGACUUGCUCGUUUUGCAUUGGACUACUUACUUAGUGGUCCCACCGAGCUGGAUGAUGUCAUGGGUCUUAUUGGCGAAGACCCCGAAGCUGUCGCUGCCCUCACCAGAUUGAAAAAUUACCUUGAGAAAGCUGAUAUUAAUGAUGCUAAUAUCAAACGCAUUGAUGCCAAAUACCGCUAUUUGGACGGCAUGAAGUCAGAUUUGCAGGAGCUGAUCGCCAAGACCCAAAAAGUCGUCGCUAAGACCUGGGUGUACAAGCCUGGUGGUGGCUGUAAAGUCACCGACGUUGCUGCUGAUGUCUCCGACCUGUUUGAAGGUAUUGAUUGGACUACGUUGGUUGACCAGUUCGAUGCUGCUACGCGACUGGCACUCAUGGAUGAACAAUUAGUCAAGGAAAAGCGUGGUAAACGAGACGCAGUUGACCUAUACUGGCUUCUGGGUACACCUGUGGAACGGGUGAACCUACGAGUAAUCGCUGCCGACGACGAACCGGAAAUCAUUGAGCCAGUAGAAGUCGAACCAAAAGACACGGCUCCUGCUCCCCAAGUGGAAGAACCCCAGCCGGAUGUGGUGGAACCUACGGAAGUGGAAGAACCGUUACUGGAACCGAUGCGGGCUCUGAAACGGCUUGCUCGUGGUGGUGAUCUGGGUACGGAAGCUCCCAACGUGCCGUUACAACCAGAAUGGUUUGUUGAGUCAACUGAGUUUUUCCGCAAAUUCUCGGCUGUAACCAGUACUGAAACCGGAGUCCAUGUUGCCGAGUGGGUCGUCAAUGUUGACCAACUGCCCGCGUACGUUGCUGGCUUCCUCCACGCGUUGAACAAGUGGACGGCCAACUUAUCCACCACCCUUCUCAAUAGUGAUAAACUGGCUCGCACCGCUGACCGCACCAAGUUGCUUGACGUGAUCUCCGGUUUCGCUCUGUCAAAAGAGCAAUCUACUAGACAAGUACCUUUCCUCACAACUGAAGGGGUAAACGAAGUGGUGGUUAAGAUCAACGAUAAGAGAAUGCAUUAUCUCGAUGCCAAAAUGACGAUGGUCGCAUACCUUUUGGGACAACCAGCAAUCGAGUACAAGUGGUCGCCAAAGCUUUACGAGAUAGUGGAAAAAUGGGUGAUUCAAUUAAACAGCCACUUGUACGAAGGUGCUUCUCGUUUACAACUCGAAUCAAUGAUUGGUAUCUACGAAUUGUUGGUCAACAGCUUUCUUGAGCGGAAACCAAACCAGGUGGACUCAUCAGCGGCCGGACGCAGAUUAUGGGUAUCGACACUUGAGUUGCGAGACCUCACGGAUCGGUGGGAAGCGAAACUCGAGCAAACGCUUGAUUCAUCAACAGAUCCCGAAUUCUACCAGCGGUUUGCCUGGGCACGUAUUCAUCGGUACAAGUGUCCCAACAUCUACGCUCCCGACAACGCGUUCGUGCUUAAGCUGGUGGUGGAAGACUUGCAAAAUGCCACCACACGGAUCUCGGUCACCUACCCUAAUUACCCGCUGAUCCCACUGUUGCUGCCUGAAGCCGUCGACGCCGAAGCCACCACACUCAGUGUGCUUGCAAUGUUCACCAAAAUCCUCGCCCAUGAUGGCGGCGAGCUGGUGGAGCUUCUUGAGCGGAUAUUGAUAAAGCUGAGCGACGACGACGACGACCAGACCAUCGCUGCCAUUCGCCAGUUUUUAGAACGGCUGCUGAUCGACAUGACGAUGCUGUUGUGGGGCAUUCUUUUCGGGGUCUACGGCGACCAAGGUGAACGACUCGAGCGAGGAUUUGCUCAAUUUGCCGCGGCAGUGGUCGCCUACCUUGACGACGCUAAUGCUCGCCACGACCCGCGUUCGGUGAUCACCGUUAUCGGCAGCUUAGGCACAACGUUGGUGCAAUUGUUCAAGUACUUGCUUCCACGGCUGUGGCAGCUCAUGACGCUGGCGUCGGAGGAAGUAGCCCGCCACACGCUUAGGUUGUUUGAAUGGGUGUACAUGUUUUCCAUCCACGAAGAAGCGCUGAUCUACAGUCUGAGAGUACACUCAGUGGAGACCCAGCUGACGAAGAGCUUUAAGGCAUUGAAAGAUGUGUUGGUCAAUUUGGCGACGGCAGUGGUGGUGUUUGCUCCGCAAAAGGUCCAGAUCGAGAUGUACCUGAUGCUUCACGAUUUGUUAGGGCUGAGACGUCUCUGUCUGGCCGCCCUGGGCGUGUUUUUAGCCGUGGGCCAACAGUUAUUAUCCGGUGACCCCAACUCGCGCUUCCAAGUGGCUCAGAUCAUCCACUGUCGCUACCACUACCUGGUGGCGAUUGAAGGCAAAGCACCCAAGUCCCACGACACCGAAAUAGCGACGCUGAAAGUGCUUGAUCGCGGUACCUGUUUGGAGUUAGCUCGCGUGAUCCUCCCGCAAUGCUUCGCUCGUAACUCGUUGAUUCAUCCGCCGAAGCAUGAAAUGAGAAACAUCAUCGACGACUUCUAUCAAGUGCUUGGCAAACCCGAGUUUGAAAAAUCGCGGGCGUUAGCGAAGAACCAAGCAAUGCUCGAUUGGUUUUUGGACUAUACUCGUCUCACUCCUCACGUGCUCAAAAUGGCGAUGUAUUGCCAAUGGCAACCGUUAGAGUUUGUCACCGUCGAGGAUAACCACUCGGAAGUACUGCAUUUGGGUCUCUACUACUGUCAAGCAGCAGCAAUGUUUGCCCAGUACAAAAUCAAGAAAAAGAGUAUGCAACUGCGCAUUGUCGACUUGGAAACUAUCAUUGACCUCUUGAGGUACGACUUGGUGUAUAACCCGACCCGGUUUGAGUCGUGGAUGCUUCUCGGUCAGGCCUAUGGGUUUCUUGUCGAGGAUGACGUCAUUUGGACGGCUGAUAAACUCAAUACACCCGAACGGAAAGAGGUCACUGCCAACUUACAACGUAAGCUGCUUAUCGCGUAUUUCAUGGCGAUUAAUUUGAUCAGCCAUAGCCCUAAGAUGGAGCAGAGCGCAGUAAUUGCACAGCUCACGCUGGGGCUCGCAAAGGAGUUGUACCUGGCGGUGAAAGUACCCAUGGACGGUUUAGCGUUUAAAGUGUUGGAAAAGCCUCGGUUUAUCAACACGUUCAACAAACCACCCGAAUUCAUCACGGAGCUGGAACGGAUGCUGGCGCCGCCGAAGAUGCUCUUGAAAAUCAUCCAACAAUUGCUUCAAUUGGCAGUGCAAGCCGACGACCAGGAAUGGGAACACUAUUACUACUUGGCUAAAGUGCAGAAGCUGUUGGAUAAGCCGACUCAGUUGGUGCUUGAAACCAUCCGCCAGGGAAGUCAGUUGGCCCACGAAGACAGUCAGGGCGGUGGUGACCGUAUUGUCGAGCCUCACUACCAGCUUGUGGUCACGUUAUACAAGUACGUGAAGGCAGAUAAGCUCAGCAUUGAAGAGGCGGAGAAGUGGUUAGCUCAAGACGAAGUUGUCGGCCAAGUGAUCACGGGGAUUGUUGACGAGCCUAAACCAAGAAGAGGUGGUCGCCGGAAAGUGGUCAGAGAAGAAAAGGCUGAGGGCAAACUGGAGGAAAAAGCCGAGGACAAAGUUGAGGUUCAACCUGAAGAAAACGCCGAGGAUAAAUCUGAGGAAAAGGUUGAGGACAAGCGUGAGGUUACACCAGAGGAAAAUGAUGAGGACAAGUCUGAGGAGAAGCCUGAAGACUCUAAUAAAGGAGACGUGGCUAAAACCAAACGGGAGGCUACUCCAGAGAUCAUCGAGAUUGAUCUGACUGACCCGACUCCUACAGUUAGUCCGCAGAAGAUCAAAGAUGAAGCUAAUAAUGACGAUGACGACAUUAUCGAAGUGGAUGCCAAUCACCAACGCAUUACCCCUAAACUGUCUACCUCACCAGAGAAGGUAACCGCUUCACCAGAGAAAGUAACUGCUGUGGAAAAACCUACCGAGACUGUCCAGAAUGGUGAGACGAAGAAUGAUGGCACAGCCACUACAAGCAAUGACGCCACUGUCAUCACCACCACCACUAAGGAUACUGCCAAACAGACAUUCUACCGCAAGAUCGUCCAGGCGUUGAAGCUUCUUGAAACUUACGACAAGCUCAACUGGCAUCACCGUCCCAAGUACCGCCAAGCGCAAGUGUUGUUUGACGAGCUUGACGAUGCGGUGGGGGCACUCAAGCCUCUCGGUCUGCUUACGUCGGGGAAGCUGUUGAUGAACAUCUGGAAGCCUGAGUUCGAACGGGGUGGUAAACACUUCUACUACACGUACGAGUACGCCAUGCUCUACGUGCGGUUGUUGACGGCCACCAAAGAUCUCCAGCAGCUCUCAGUAUUGUUCCCGCGGUUGAAGAAGCUGAAUGCGACGAUGAUCAACUUGUACGACGCCUGGGACUUGGUGUGCCAGCUGUUCAACGCGGUGUUGAGAGAGGCGUUUGGGUUCGAGUUGCGCGACAACAGCUACACUGAGGCGUGGCUCAUGAAGCUUCUGCCGACGGAGAUCGGUCCCAAGAGUGCUAAGCUCAUCGAAAAGCUUUUACAGGACGGGAUCCCGAAGGAGUUGGAGGAGGUGUUGUUACUUUUGAGUCACAUCUUUGAGAUGAAAAAGUUGAAUAACGGGUUUGGUCCCACCAGUGUCAUUGACGACACCAUUGCCAUGCUCUUCCUCAAGUGCUGGGAAUGGUUUGAGCCGCAAGCACCGAAGCCUGAAUCCAGCGAGCCGCCGAAACGGAUGGCUAAAAAGGAGCUUUACCCCGUGGCUUCCGAGUUGGCGAAGCAAUUGAAGCCAAAGAUCGACGAAAUCAAGCCGAAUGUCGACUUGACCAAGUGGGUGAAGACUCAGUUGCCGUUGCGGAAGGCGGAGCGGGAAGAACGGGAACGGGUCGAAGCCGAAAGGAGGGCGCGGUUGGAAGCGGAAGUGAAGCGGAGAGAGGAAGAAGCUGAAGCCCGAAUGCAGAUGUGUGAGGGAGCGAGACGACAAGCCGAGGCGGAAGCGCGGCUCCAGGCGGAAGCCAUGGCCCAGGCCGAGCGUGACAGCCAGCUCGUGUCACUCCAAGCCAGCGGGUUUGGCCAGCUGCGGCUCCAACUUAAUACUGGCCACCCUCCCCAACCGAUGGUGGCAGCUGCGGCUCCCAGCAAACGACCCGCUGACGACUCAGAUGGUAGUCUGGAGGCGAAGCGUAUUUGCCUCGACACCCCGUCUCCCCCUGCCACCGGUGGACAAUAA